AUGACCGCCUCAACCAAACGCACCCCCUCAUCGGGCCUCCUUCCCACAGCUCGAAUCGACCUCGGCCCACCGGCCGACAAAGCUCACCCCAACUCCUACGGCAUGGAGGACGGCGGUAGCUACUCCUCCCCUAAAGCCGAUCAUCAUACUGCCUAUUUUGACAACUGGAACAAGGAGCGACAAGUUGCCAUUGCACGCGGCGAAGACCCAAAUGCCAAAUUCCACGCCCUGCAAGCAGCCAGGGAGGAGAAGAUGAUAUCUGGGAAGCUGAGGAAGUGGUUGAAGGGGUUGAGAGGGGAUAAGGGGCACGCGGAGGGAUUGACAAAGGAGGAGGAGAGGGAGGCGAUGGCGAAGGAUAAGAAAAAGAGGGAGGAAGAUGUUGUGAAUUAA